ACACCCGUAAAACUACAUCUGCUCAUUGAAAGCUCAGGAUUACUGCAAAGAGAAGAAUGGAGAUGAGUGAGGAGAUUUAUGGAAAUGCAGAAGUUACAGAAGACAAUCAAGUGGAUUCCAGUGGCAGUCAGAACUCAUAUGAAGAUGUUUAUGAGAAUGAGGCCGAAGUGGAGACCCAAAGGGCCAGAGCCUUCAAGCAAUCUGAGAGCUCAGUUACAGGUAUCAACCCUGCAGGGAUGAAAUGUUACAGACUUACUGCAGUGUGUGUGGUGUUGCUGUGUGUUCUACUGCUGAUUGCCGUCACAGUGUUGUGGAUCAAAUUCAACAACCUGACUAAAGAGAAAGACGAAUUUCAAAAACAGAUUACUAAUUUAGGAUGGACUUAUUUCAGUUCCAGUUUUUACUACAUCUCGCAAAUAAAGAAGAACUGGACUGAGAGCAGACAGGAUUGCAGAGAGCGAGGAGCAGACCUGGUGAUCAUAAAGAGCGGAGAGGAACAGGAGUUUAUCCUGAACUUGGUGGGCAGCAGCAGAAACGCUUGGAUUGGUCUGAGUGACAGAGACACAGAGGGAGAGUGGAAAUGGGUGGAUGGUACACCACUGACCACUGUGUACUGGUCUGAUGGGGAACCAAAUAAUAAUAAUGGUGAUGAGGACUGCGCUGAGAAUUUCAAUAGUUCAGAUAGGAAAGGGUGGAAUGACUUGCCAUGCUCAAGAAAUCAAUUAUGGAUCUGUGAGAAAAGUUUUGUUUAG